ACGUUAAUACAUGACAGGGUAUAUAUUUUACAAAAUGGUAUCUGGGUGGAAAUUAUGCCGUGGUUUUUUAACACUCGAACUUCGUAUGAGGACACUUCACAGAAUGCAGAUAUGAAUGCUAGCCAGAGGAAAGAGGAAGAAAGAAAGAGAAAGGCUGAUGAAAGAAAAGCAAGAAGGCGGCAAAAAAGAAAGAAAGUCGAAGAAAAGAAAGCAAGACAGUGGGAGGAAAGAAAAAGAGCUGUAGAAAAAGAAGCAAGAGAGUGGCAGGAAAGAAAAAUUGCCGAAGUAAAGAAAGCAAUGAAGUCGUCGGAGGAAUUGUAUAGAGGGCUUGAUGCAGCAAUUAAGAAGGUUCAAGAAAGUCAACACAAAGACGAAGUGAUGGAUAAAGUGAAGGGGACAGAUAAGCAGCGCACCAAGAAUAAUAUGAACAAAGAGAAUGACACAGGGUACGAGAGCGACAAUGAGGAAAACUAUUUUAUUGCAAGGUUUUGUUUCCAUUGAUUUUUUUCCCAAAUAUUCUGAAGUAUUUCAAGCAUUCCUUUUUCUUAAUCAUUGUUUUUGAUAAAAAUGAAAUAAAUAAAUUAUAUUAUUAUUUUACAGUUUCGUUUUUGUUUGGUUCAUCAUUUCCAAUGAAAGUUAAUCAACUGAAUGAUUUAAAUGAAAAGAAAAUAUCGUUCGAAGAUGUGCAUAAAAUGAUACAAAAAAAAAUUAAGAAAAAAACCCAAACCUUGAUAGUGAUAGCCAAUGCAGAGAUAAGUCAUUUGG